AUGGAGUCUCUAGAUACCGCGCUGCUUUUGAAUCCAUUGACGGCCAAGUUGGCGGUGUUUGACACACUGGCGCCGCUGGCUGGGGCAACAUUCCACAACACCACGUCGCUGCAAACAGCCAUGCAGCGCAACACCAUCGGUGUUGGAUACGCAGGCGCAGGGUUCCUGCUGUUCUACUACAUCGGUGUGUCCAAGGUGCUGCAGCAGCUGGGGGUCGUGAAGCCCGGGGUCACCAAGACGGCGGGCGCGAGUGCAGGCAUCCUGAGCGCUGCAGUGGACUAUGGGUUCGUCACCCACGACCAGUUCAUCAAGUACGGGAAGGAGUUUGCCAGGAACUGCCGGGCCAGAAACAACUGCGCCGGCAUUCUUGGAGAAGAGGUUCGGAAGAUGACGGAGAAGAUGAUGCCGCAGGACGCGGCAAAGCGCAUCAGCGGCAUCGGCUACAUUGCGCUGAGCAGCCCCAACUACGCGGGGUUUCCUGUGGGCGACUACGUGGUCAACUACACCAGCCGGCAAGGCGCGCAGGGGCAGGGCUAUGUGAUCAACGCUGUGUACACCGGCGUGUACGACGGCGCAUUCCGGACGCCACUGCCGUGCCCCCUCGGCAACACCACCUACUGCGUCAAGGUGUCGGUGCUGCCCUGCGAUUGGACCUUCCAGGACGUCUGGAAGGAUAUCCUUGACUCCAAGAACGACAAAUACGUGUACGAUGCCAUGUACGGCACGUUUGGCCGCGACGCCCCCAGCAUCACCAAGUUUGUGAUGGAGACGCUGGCGAACCGUGCGCUGCACCCCGGCCAGAGCAUGGCGGAGAUGUUGGCAGGGUGGUACGCGUUCUUCAGCCACCAGCCAAAAGAGGACGUGGACAUCUACCCUGGCAAGUACAAUCAAAACCCCUACAACCUGCUGCGCUGGAUGCUGAUGAUCCUGGUGAGCUGA